AUGUCGCUGCACAGAGACUCUCUCGGGCAUGCGACUGACUGCGCGGAGUAUGUGGAGCGCAGCCUUUGGGUCAUUGCCAUUGCCGCUGCCGCUGCCGCUGCCGCCAUGUCUGCUGCCAUACAAGAGACGCGCGACAUCUUCUACCAUGGCUUCGACAGCUACAUGACACACGCCUUCCCCGACGACGAGUUGCGUCCGCUGACCUGCGCGCCCCUCACGCGCGACCGCCAGAACCCGGCCCACAUUGAAGUCAACGACGUGCUGGGCAACUACUCCCUGACCCUCGUCGACAGCCUGUCCACCCUCGCCAUCUUUGCCUCGACGCCGCCGCCGCACCGCCACGCCCGCAACAGCCACGCCCGCGACAGCCACGCCCGCGACAGCCACGCCCGCGACAGCCACGCCCGCAACAGCCACGCCCGCAACAAGGCCCUCGACGACUUCCAGGACGGCAUCCAGGCGCUCGUCGAGCACUACGGAGACGGCACCGACGGGCCGCGCGGACAAGGAAAGCGCGCGCGGGGGUUCGAUCUCGACAGCAAGGUGCAGGUCUUUGAGACGACCAUCCGCGGCGUGGGCGGCCUGCUGAGCGCCCACCAGUUUGCCGUGGGAGACCUGCCCAUUCGCGGCUACCACGCCACCGAGGAGGAGCGCAAGGGGAGGACGGGCAUCUUCUGGCCCAACGGCCUCGUCUACGACGGACAGCUCCUGCGCCUAGCCACCGAUCUCGCGAACCGACUCCUGCCCGCCUUCCACACGCCCACCGGCCUGCCCUACCCACGCGUCAACCUGCGCCAUGGCGUGCCCUUCUACGCCAACUCGCCCCUCAACAUGGAUCCCGCCCACGGCCAGUGCAGCAGGGACCCGAGCGACAAGGGCACCGAGAUCACCGAGACGUGCAGCGCGGGAGCUGGCAGUCUGGUACUGGAGUUCUCCACCCUCAGCAGGCUGACGGGCGAUCCCAGGUACGAAAAGGCCGCAAAGGAUGCCUUUUGGGCUGUCUGGCAUCGUCGCAGCAGCAUCGGCCUGCUGGGUGCAGGCAUCGACGCCGAGACGGGGCAGUGGGUGUCGCCCUACACUGGCAUUGGGGCAGGCAUCGACAGCUUCUUCGAGUAUGCUCUCAAGUCGCACAUUCUGCUCUCCGGACUGCCACACGACCCUGCAAACGCCAGCGUCGACUCGCCAGAUGCCUUCUUGGCGGCUUGGGAGGAGGCGCACGAGGGCAUCAAGCGCCACAUCUACCGCGGGGCCCAGCAUCAGCACCCGCACUAUGCUCAAGUCGACCUCUACACCGGGGCUUUGCGAGCCUUUUGGAUCGACAGCCUGAGCGCCUUCUACCAGGGCCUGCUCGCCAUGGCCGGCUACAUUGACGAGGCCGUCGAGACACACCUCCUAUACACUGCCCUCUGGACAAGAUACUCUGCUAUGCCCGAACGAUGGUCGACCGCAACGGGCAACAUCGAGCACGGCCUGCGCUGGUGGGGCGGCAGGCCAGAGUUCAUCGAGUCGACCUGGUACCUCUACCACACCACAAAGGACCCCUGGUACCUCCAUGUUGGCGAGAUGACGCUCCGCGACAUCAAGCGCCGCUGCUGGACCAAGUGCGGCUGGGCCGGCCUGCAAGACAUCCGCACAGGCGAGCUGAGCGACCGGAUGGAGAGCUUCUUCCUGGGCGAGACUGCCAAGUAUCUGUUCCUGCUCUUCGACCCGUCCCACCCCCUGAACACGUGGGAUGCUCCCUACGUCUUCACUACCGAGGGCCAUCCUCUGAUCAUACCAAAGCGACUUCGCCCAGCGAAAGCUCAGCGGCAACGCGGCCCCUUGCCAGAGUGGCAGCCAGCACCGGCGACAUGUCCCCUGCCACCUGCCAUCCUGCCGUUCAGCAUCUCUGCCACGGCGGCGCGGCCCGAUGUCUACCAUGCCGCCAGUCUUGCCCGUCUGCACCUCAUGCCAACGAUGGACGCUCUCGAAUCACCGCUCAUCGAGUUCGACUCUGCUCAUCCUAGCAUAUCCAUGGCCGAUGUUCGCUCGCCGUCCAACUACACCUACUACCCAUGGACACUGCCGCCCGAAUACAUCCCCCACAACGCCAUGAGCUCACCGCUGGCUGUGCGCACAACGUUUGACCUCUCCUUCCCCAACACGCCCAACAGCCCGCACACGGGCACAAUGCUGCGCAUGCAGGACGGCAUCCUGGUCAACUCUCUGAGCGGUCUGCGACUUGGCAUGGUGCGCGAGAACGACUACUUUGUCCAAGUGGACGAGCAUUUCCGCAUCUACGCCAUCUCCAACGUCGCCCUCGGCCGCGACGAGAAGGUCUUCAUGAGCCGCUCCACAAUCGAGAGCUUCAACCCUCUGGAUCCGUACUUUACGCGGACUCGCGACGCCCACGCACUCGAUCUGCUCAUUGACGUCCCGCCCGCUCCAGCAGCGCCUUCGUCACACACGCUGUCUUCGCUGCUCGACAUGGCGCUCGGCGAGAUUGGCAACCUCACCGGUCUCGAUAUCGCCGACGCCCUUGACGACAUGGACGCGCAUCCCGAGCCACUGGAAGACGAACCGUCGUACCUGUCCAACCUUUUAUCGUCCUUGCAGAACCUCCUCACCGCACCCUCGCCCACGAGCGCCUCUCGUGCGCCCAAGCAGCAGACUACCACGCGCCACACCGUCGCUGGCACAUUGCCCAUUGGCGUCGGUGCCGCGCCCUUGCCUGACACCAACGACCCCGACCCCGCCUACAGCGCCCUGGAUCCGCUCGUCUGGAGCAAGAUUUACGUCCACGACGGCGAUUUGUGCAACGAGAAGCUACCGGCGAACGUGGCGAGGGAGCACCACAUCGUUGCCGUAUCGCGCGGCGGCUGCAGCUUCUCCGCCAAGCUCAGAAACAUCCCUGCCUACCCGCCCGACGCCAACGCGCUGCAACUCGUCAUCAUUGUCAGUUCCUCUGAGCAACAGUCUCCGCCGACCACGAGCUCGAGCAAGCGGCAACUGAAAGACGAGGCGGGGCCCUUGGUGCAGCCACUACUGGACGAAGAGCAGCUAACGCCUGGCGGGCUUCUGCGGCCUCACCCGAUCCCACUCAUCAUGGUAGACGGCGGUGCGGCCACGAUUGAGAAGCUGAAGCGUGCGAGUGGUGUGGCCGUGAGGAGGCGGUAUUAUUUCAAAUCCCAAGGAGUGCGGAUCGGGAACCUGGUCGUCCUGUGA